AAUUCGUUCGACCAAUAACAUUAAUUUAAUUUUAUAGAGACCUAACACAAAUUAAACAAUGAUUAUUUCUGUUAAUUAAAUAUAUAUAAGUGAGCACAAUCCCCCGAUGAUGCAUGAAGAAGCUCUGAAUCUAAAACUCCUCUCUCCGACCCCAAAUCCAGAAAUUCAAGCGAGGAAUAGAAUCUCCCACUAGAGAAAAGCAAUCCCAGAAACCCUAAGUUCUUCACGUUUCGUUCUUUUGCUUGUUGAUCAAGCAGGAUAUCUCCGAGAUUUGUGAGUCUCUUGCUACUUCUUCCUGGAGAACGAUUCAGGGUUUGAUGUGAUAAGAAUAGUCAUCGAGGAAGAUAGAUUUGGGGAUUUUUUUUUAUUUGUAGAUUCAUGAAACAAAUUCGUCGAUGGCAGAGGAUUUUGAUCCUCGCUCUGCUAUCGAUAUCUGUAUUCGCUCCGCUUAUUUUCGUAUCGAAUCGGCUUAAGAGCAUCACUCCCGUUGGUCAGUUUCGUCUCCUCUCCUUCUUAUUUUCAUUUCAUUGUCGUAGAGAAUUUAUUGAAGAGUUAUCCAAAAUUAGAUUCACGACAAAUGACCUUAGACUUAGCGCUAUUGAACAUGAGGAUGGAGAAGGCUUGAAGGGGCCAAGGCUCAUUCUCUUCAAGGAUGGGGAGUUUAAUUCGUCUGCUGAAAGUGAUGGUGGUAAUACUUACAAAAACAGGGAAGAACAAGUGAUUGUUUCACAGAAGAUGACAGUUAGCUCUGAUGAAAAGGGUCAAAUUCUACCAACAGUCAACCAACUUGCUAAUAAAACGGAUUUCAAGCCCCCUUUAUCUAAGGGUGAAAAGAACACAAGGGUUCAGCCCGACAGAGCAACAGAUGUGAAAACGAAGGAGAUCAGAGACAAAAUUAUUCAAGCUAAAGCCUACCUGAAUUUCGCUCCACCUGGAAGUAACUCUCAAGUUGUGAAGGAGUUGAGAGGUCGGCUGAAAGAGCUGGAACGGUCUGUUGGUGAUGCAACAAAGGACAAGGACUUAUCAAAGGGCGCUCUCCGCAGGGUGAAGCCCAUGGAAAAUGUGUUAUAUAAGGCUAGUCGUGUCUUUAACAAUUGCCCUGCCAUCGCUACCAAACUCCGUGCCAUGAAUUAUAACACAGAAGAACAAGUUCAGGCGCAGAAAAAUCAAGCAGCGUAUCUAAUGCAGCUUGCAGCAAGGACCACCCCAAAAGGGCUUCACUGUCUCUCAAUGCGGCUGACAUCAGAAUACUUUUCACUGGAUCCUGAAAAAAGGCAGAUGCCUAACCAGCAAAAUUAUUUUGACGCUAAUUUCAAUCAUUAUGUUGUCUUCUCUGACAAUGUUUUGGCUUCUUCAGUCGUUGUUAACUCUACGAUAUCUUCAUCAAAGGAGCCAGAAAGAAUAGUCUUCCAUGUCGUGACUGAUUCACUUAAUUACCCAGCAAUCUCAAUGUGGUUUCUGCUAAACAUUCAAAGUAAAGCUACUAUCCAAAUCCUAAACAUUGAUGAUAUGGAUGUCCUGCCUAGAGAUUAUGAUCAAUUACUGAUGAAGCAAAACUCUAAUGACCCAAGAUUCAUUUCUACACUCAAUCACGCACGCUUCUAUCUCCCGGAUAUAUUCCCGGGUUUGAACAAGAUGGUACUCUUGGACCAUGAUGUAGUUGUUCAAAGAGAUUUAAGUAGACUGUGGAGCAUUGAUAUGAAAGGAAAGGUGGUUGGAGCUGUAGAGACUUGUCUUGAAGGUGAAUCUUCAUUUCGAUCAAUGAGCACAUUUAUUAAUUUCUCAGACACAUGGGUCGCUGGGAAAUUUAGUCCUAGAGCUUGCACAUGGGCUUUCGGGAUGAAUCUAAUUGAUCUCGAAGAAUGGAGAAUACGGAAGUUGACUUCUACAUACAUAAAAUACUUCAACCUGGGAACAAAGAGACCAUUGUGGAAAGCUGGGAGCUUACCAAUAGGUUGGUUGACUUUCUAUAGGCAAACAUUAGCAUUGGACAAGAGAUGGCAUGUGAUGGGGUUAGGUCGCGAAUCAGGAGUCAAAGCGGUUGACAUCGAACAAGCGGCAGUUAUACACUACGAUGGGGUCAUGAAGCCGUGGUUGGACAUUGGAAAAGAGAAUUACAAACGUUACUGGAACAUACACGUCCCUUACCAUCACACCUACUUGCAACAGUGCAAUCUUCAAGCUUGAUACGAAAAAAAAAAAAAAAAAAUCUGGCAACUUAGGUUCAGUUUCAGAUUCUUUUUGUUAAACAAGCUACUCAAGCAUGAUAUCAAUGUUAUGAUUAGCUUCAUUCUUUAUCCCACAUCAGUGUAUAUCUUGGUUCUUCUUUUUUCACACUUUUCAUCAGAGCUUAAUAUUACUUAGACUAUAGUGACAGGCUGACAGCAACAGAUUGUUGUCAUACCUUGGACUUGGCCCAAUUUCCUUUUUUGGCCCACCGGUAUGAAUAAAAAGAGUGCGGUUUU